AGUGAGAGGAAGCGCUCCGUGUGCUUAGGGCGACUUUACGUGUUGGAAAUACCCAAUAACCCAACUGUGCGUAUUUAUUCUCGCUUUUUCCCUGACACCUUCAGACGGACUCGUGGCUGGACGCGGGCUCGUUGAUGGUCACAUUCUCAGCUCUUUUUGCGCUUAUACUCUGUAUAUGGACUUUGAAGGAAGAGGACAGCGGACAAGGACAAAAUGCCACUAUUCCGGAUUCUGUGUGUCAGCGCUGUUACGCACGCGUAAAAAGCGUUGACCGCUAUCUACCAUUAUACUUUGGAUUAACCUUACUGGAUUUUCACGCUUUUUCUUCUUCACGCCGUGUUCUCUGUGAACAGUUUCCUUUUCUGAACAGCGGUGAGUCACUGCAGGCUCAAGGCAAGCCGCUGCAUCCUAAUCAGACAGCGGAGAGGACUUCAGCUCAUUGACAUUACAGUCAUACUUUUCUGGAGCACUUUUUUCCCUUUUCGCUGCGCUGCACUGUAGCCUGUGUGUGCUGUGGGAGGCGUGUGGCUUCCCCCGUUCACCUGCGGAGAGGGAUACGGGUGGUACCUCUACAGAAAGUGGUUACAGGAGAUGAAACUCUCCUUGAAUCCACACUGGAGCUGACUGACUGUUCACACACCGUUUUUCCGCGCCUGCAUUCCCUCUUUUGAUUUGGUGGUGUAAGUGAACGUUGACAAUGACUAUUCUGUUUGGAGCCUGGAUCGCGAUUAUUGCUCAGAUGAGUCGAAGCACCCAGUUGAAUAUAAAGUAGGUCUUCAGCACCACAGAUUGCUGGAGGAGAGAGGCGCAGCAACGACAAUCCACAAAUGCCAAGUCCUCGGAUAAUGAACAGAACUAUUUAUAUGAGUUACCCAAAAUCAGAAGGAGACAUCAACAGGUCAAAACACGAAUAAACACGAACGGACUGCUAGAGCUUUUACAACGUGGGGAUGUAUCUUUCUAUUUUCUUUUUCCUUCUCCUGUGGGCUCAAGCCCUGACUUUAAAAAACUUGAAUUACUCGGUCCCUGAAGAGCAGGGACCAGGAACAGUGAUUGGGAACAUAGCCAAAGAUGCCAGGCUGGGACUGGAGCAGACGGGUCAGGGAGGACAGGGGAAGAAAGCCAACUUUAGGGUGCUGGAGAACUCUGCACCUCAUCUCAUCGACGUGGACCCUCAGAGUGGACUGCUCUACACAAAGCAACGCAUCGACAGAGAGACAUUGUGCAAGAGGAAUCCCAAGUGCCAGCUGUCCAUGGAGGUGUUUGCAAAUGACAAAGAGAUAUGUAUGAUCAAAAUAGAUAUUCAGGACAUCAACGACAACUCCCCAACUUUUCCCUCGGAUCAGAUUGAUAUUGAUAUUUCUGAAAACGCUGUGCCAGGGACGCGUUUUCCACUCACAAGCGCGCACGACCCAGAUGCAGGGGAGAACGGACUGAAAACCUAUCAGAUAACACGUGAUGACUACAAUCUCUUCUCCCUGGAAGUGAAAUCCCGCGGGGACGGCACUAAAUUUCCUGAAUUAGUGAUUCAAAGGCCACUAGACCGAGAGGAGCGGAGCCACCAUACUCUUAUUUUGUCUGCUACCGAUGGCGGGGAGUAUCCCAGAUCAGGUACCAUGCAAAUAAAUGUAAAAGUUAUCGACUCCAAUGACAACAGCCCUGUGUUUGACCAGCCCUCUUAUGUGGUAGAAAUCCCUGAAAAUUCACCUCCAGGCAAAGUGUUGAUUGAUUUAAAUGCCACUGACCCUGACGAGGGCAACAAUGGACAAGUGGUGUAUUCUUUUAGCGGCUAUGCCCCAGAGAGGAUCCGGGAGCUGUUCUCCAUAGACUCCAGGACCGGAGUCAUAAAGAUACAGGGUGAAAUUGACUAUGAAGAGAGUCCAGUUAUUGAGAUUGACGUCCAGGCAAAAGACCUAGGUCCCAAUCCAAUCCCAGGUCAUUGUAAAGUCACAGUAAAAGUGCUCGACAGGAAUGAUAACUGGCCAUCUAUAGGCUUUGUGUCUGUGCGGCAAGGGGCGAUCAGUGAAGCGGCUCCUCCGGGCACCGUCAUUGCACUGGUGAGAGUCACUGACAAAGACUCAGGGAGGAAUGGCCAACUCCAGUGCAGAGUGCUUGGCAAUGUCCCCUUUAAACUCGAAGAAAACUAUGAUAACUUCUACACUGUGGUGACUGACAGACCUUUGGAUAGAGAGAUGCAGGAUGAAUAUAAUGUCACGAUUGUUGCUAAGGACAAUGGGCUUCCUCCUUUGAAUUCAACAAAGUCUUUUACAGUAAAGAUCUUAGAUGAAAAUGACAAUGUUCCUCGCUUCACAAAGUCUGUUUACCUUCUUCAAAUACCUGAAAACAACAUACCCGGGGAGUACCUUGGUUCUGUUCUGGCCCAUGACCCGGAUUUAGGGCAAAAUGGUACAGUUUACUACAGCAUAAUAAACUCAAAUGUGAGUGGUGGAGAUGUUAACACUUAUGUUAAUGUGAAUGCUGCUAAUGGAGCUAUAUAUGCAGUGAGGUCCUUCAAUUAUGAGCAAAUUAAGUAUUUUGAUUUUAAGGUUUUGGCUAAAGAUGCAGGGUCUCCUCAUCUUGAGAGCAAUGCAACUGUCCGCAUCAGUGUUUUGGAUGUGAAUGACAACAUACCUGUUAUAGUUCUGCCUCUGCUUUUGAAUGACACAGCCGAAAUCCACGUCCCUCGUAACGUUGGCGUCGGCUACAUCGUCACUACAGUCAGAGCGGUGGAUAAUGACUACGGGGAGAGUGGGAGACUCACAUAUGAGAUUUCGGAUGGUAAUGAGGAAAAUCUUUUUGAGAUCGACCCAGUGACGGGGGAGGUGCGGACGGCCCACCCGUUCUGGGAGGACGUGAGCCCAAAUGUGGAGCUUAUCAUCCGCGUGUCUGACCACGGCAGGCCUACGCUUACGGCUGCGGCUCGGCUAAUCAUCAAAGCCUCCAAUGGACCCCUCUCUGGUGGGGCCCCUCACGUUACAGACAGACAGAACUGGGACAUGUCUUUGCCUUUAAUUGUGACUCUAAGCAUUAUAUCUAUAAUGCUUUUAGCCGCCAUGGUGACUAUAGCAAUCAAAUGUAAGCGAGAAAACAAGGAAAUUCGAACUUAUAACUGUCGAAUAGCAGAGUACUCACACCCACAGCUGGGCAAGGGCAAGAAAAAGAAGAUAAACAAGAACGACAUCAUGCUGGUGCAGAGCGAGGUGGAGGAACGUGAUGCCAUGAAUGUGAUGAAUGUGGUAAGCAGUCCUUCCUUGGCCACCUCUCCCAUGUACUUUGACUACCAGACACGCCUGCCACUCAGCUCACCAAGGUCAGAGGUCAUGUACCUCAAACCCACUGCCAAUAACCUCAGCGUGCCCCAAGGCCACGUGGGAUGCCACACCAGCUUCACAAGCCCAGUCACCAGCACUACAGACACACCUACUAACCGCAUGUCUAUCAUUCAGACGGACAAUUUCCCCUCUGAGCCUAAUUAUAUGGGCAGCAGACAACAGUUUGUACAAAGUAGUUCGACAUUUAAAGACCCGGAACGCGCCAGCCUCAGAGACAGUGGCCAUGGCGACAGUGACCAGGCGGACAGCGACCAGGACACCAACAAAGGGUCCUGCUGCGAUAUGUCAGCCAAAGAGGCGCUCAAGCUCAAGUCCACGGGCGUCAAACCCCCACCCCAGGAGCAAGAUGAAGACUGUGUGAACUGCACAGAGGAGUGUCGUGUCCUGGGACACUCGGACCGCUGCUGGAUGCCCAAGUUCCCAGCCGGAGGAAACCAAGCUGAGGGUGUAGACUACAGGAACAACAUGUUUGUGCCGGCAGGGAUGGAGACUGUGCCCGAAGCUGAGAACUACGAGUCUGUCAACCCCAAUGGCAAAAAGACUUUCUGCACUUUUGGUAAAGAGAGGAGGGACCAUACCAUCCUGGUGGCCAAUGUAAAGCCGUAUCUGAAGGCCAAACGCGCUCUGAGCCCCCUGCUCCAGGAGGUACCUUCUGCCUCCAGUAGUCCCACCAAAGGCUGCUCCAACAUGGCCUCCUGUGCUGCUGUGAAGAGCCCUGCAGACGGAGCUGAGGGCAAACCUCCGCCUGUCACCUGCUCGGGACACUAUGGCCCUCCAGAUGGACAGUUCUUAUCCCCCACCAAACAGAGAGAGGGGGUCUACCCACCCCUGCCCGCUGACCCUGUGGCCAAGGUGCUGGCAGAGGCGCGCUCGAGGAUCAGCCAGGAGGCGUCUGGGGAGAUGGAGACAGUGCUGGAGCAGGGAGAGCCCGAUGGUCGUGAGGGAAUGGACGCUGAUCAGGUGGUCCGGGACAUCGACAAACUCUUACAGGACUGCAGAGGGAGUGAAUCCACAGGCACACUCAGGAAGUGACCUCUGGACUAUGUAACACUGAGACAGAUGGAAUAGUCCUAUUCCACAAACUGUGAAGCCAAAACUGUCACCAAAACAAAUCACACACACGCUCCCAUUACAGGAGCCCUUUUUACUGUAUUUGUUGUUAAAACUACUGACACUGAAGGAACAAUGGAACAUUUAUAAAGUCAGUCACUAAGCACCACUUUCGGUGCUCCUAUCUGACCAAGGAUAUGGGACAGUGUAACAAACGUGUGAUUUCCUGCUGAAUUUAUAGACCUUUUUGUUCUUUAACUAAUGGCAGAGGCUUAUGCCUCUGGCACCUCUAUUAUCUAAGUGCCCACCAGCUCAUAAGUGUGUUGUCCAUGGUCUCUCGUGAAAUCCUACAGAAGCGUGUGUAGGUGGAGUUCUGUUAUGUGUAAUGGCCAUAGACAGCGAAAAGGACUUUUAUGGUCUGACAUGACAAUCGAUGUGAAAACAGAGAAAAUACAAAUGUUUGGACAGUGAAGGACAAAGGUACAAAGUUUUUGUUCAGACUUGUGGAUGUUGUGAUGGCUCUGUGGACAGAGGGUAAUCAGACUGGUCUAACUGGUGGUACUGGACCUAGGAGACAGAGGGAGACUUGUAAGAUUUCAUAUCUCAGCAUCAUUCGUAGCCACAUGUGUAAGCUGUGUCUGUCCACCGCCUCUAUUUAAACAUUCAUGUAGUGACACUGCACACGGACUGACCACACUAACACUCAUCUGUGUACGUCUGCGUCCAGCUUCCACUGUGUACAGUGAGCCCAUGCCACAUGCUGUAUAAAAGGGACAUAUUCCUCAACUGUGAAAAGAUGCUAUCUAUACAACGAUAUAGAUGACUAUAUGUAUGAAUCCAUGUAUAGUGUCCAAAUAUUAACACAAUAUUUAUACGUUUUCUAAGAAAAAGAAGUGAGGAAUCUCAGCAAAAAAGUGUCCUCAAGAAAAUUGUGGGAGCGGUGUACUAACUUGUUGAACUGCAAAGGGCACUGCCAUUGUUUCAAGUACAAUUAUCCAAAAACAUGCAGAAAAUGUCCCUUCACAUUAUCACUAUACAUAAAUAUCAUUAUCUGUGUAAAUGUAUCCAAUUUAGAUGUGUUUACAUAAAAUUGACAUAUUUUUAUUGAUUUUACUGGAAUUUCUGUGCAUUUGAGCCAAAUUGUUAUGUGUACAAAAGCUAUAUUGUGUAUUUUAUUAAAUUAAUAUAUAGUUGUGUUGCAAUAUACAUGGGCUUAUAUUGUAUUUGGCAAAAGUUGCCUUAGUAGCUGUCGAACUCUGUGAGUUUGCUUUAGUUUGGGUUUUCAUUGGUGUUUCCUUCUACUCUGCAGUGCUUUUGAGAUGUCGCCUCUUUUUACCCAGAGGUCCGGCUGGAUCCAAUACAACUGUUAAAGCAAAGUGAGCCAGCUGAUCUGAACUACAAUUCAAAUCCAAGAGAAAAAGCAACAACCACAAGACAACCGUUUGAAAAUUUGUACUGAGCAGAUUUUUACAGGGCAGCUAUUUUCUUUAACAAUAACUAGUAUGCGUCAUUUGUGUUCAUUACGUUUUUAUUUUCAACCUUCUUUCCAAAAAAGAAACCUGCCAUAUGGAAAGUGGAGUGGUUUCCUUGGUGAUCAUCUAACUGCCUUACUGUCUCUGCGGAGAGCUUGUUGUCGUUUGUGUGGAGUGACUGCUUCUGAAGCCCUGGUCCACCCGAAUGUGCUUUUUCUAAUACGGACCAAAUAGGAUCUGUCUCCAGCAGUCUGUGUCCUUUCUGUAUGUACUCCUUGAAAAAUCUCAUUCUUUGCAGUGAAAAAUGAACCUGGAAUCAUUUCUUUUGGAUUUGAUGUUUAGCUGUUUAGGAACAUGGUUUAUUAUAGAAGUGUCUUCGCAGUCAGGCUUUCUAAAGUAAAUUAUAUACAUUUAUUUUUAAAAUGUUGGCACGUUUCGGCCACUACCUGCUUUUUCUAAUACUAUAAGGUCAAUUACGCAGAACAGUAGGUAAUUAGAGUAGACAUGUUUGAAAAUGUGACCACAAUCUACAUCCAUUAGAGGGAACAGUGACCUUGGAUGCUCUGUAAAGUCCAAUUUUUCCUAUUUAUCUCAUUUAUACCUUCCAUCUUGUAAUUUCCCUCUUUGCUUUAUCGCUUCCCUAGAGCAGAGCAACACUUUGAGCCAUUUGGUUUUGCAAUUUCGUGUAUAUUUUUAUUAUUUAUUUCAACCGUGCUGACAGGAUUUCACAGCGGAGAAUCUUUAAGCUAUUUCCGUUGCUGCUACCUCUCUGCAAAUCUAUAGAUAAAUCACUUGGAGAGUCGCACCACGUAAAUGGAGCAUACAGCUAAAAUGUGCUGUUCAAAGUUAGCACUGGAACUGUGAUCCCAACAAAACGCACACACGGCUCUACACAGACAGACUUAAGCAUCUCACUGCCUCCCAUACAAAUGCACUGCUCCUUAAAGGGAAUGGCUUCAAGUUGGGGCAA